AUGGAGCUACAAGAUGUAUCUGAUGGCACACGAACCUCUCUUCCCUUGACAGCCUGCAGGAACCGAGAAGACUACCAGGCAAUAGACAUCGCGCUACGGAGCGCGCCCAGUCCUUCUCCGGAUCCGCAGGAGAAAGGAAAUGCGCCUUCGAGAGGUCAGCGGAGAUGGAGCCUCGCAUUUGGGAUGCGUAAAUUCUUGGAUGUUCCCAAUCCAGUAUUUUUAUCAUCGCAAUUUUCAAAAGCUCACUCUCUGUGUGGCAAGCGUGCUCGCCAAAAAUCCAGGAACAAAUAUCUCGGACAUAAAAACAGAGCCAGAAACUUAAACGAAAUUAAGCUUCUACUUCCGGGCAUCGGCACCGUUGAAUAUCGUGCUCCCGAUAUCGCUCUUCGUAGUCACCCCGAUAUUUCAACUGGAUUUGGGAGGAAGGGCUGGCUUCGAAAUCCGUGCCUCAUUCGAGAUCAGACGUGGCCGCGUGGCUGGUAUGUGAAUUCAAUUUCUAGUACCCACGGAGAAGGCGCUUUCCUCGGGGAUUUAAGCUGGAUGAGGCUGCCGCAGAACGGUCAGAGCAAACUCGCAUGCGGUGUCCAACAUCGUUCGCCCUUGCCGCUCAGUGCGGCAGCCCUCGGGACACAGGAAUAUCCGUGCCCACACUGGUAG